AAUCUUAUACGAGACGAAAACAUUUCAAAAGUUUAAAAUCGUGAAAAAUAAAAAAAAAAAACAAAAAAAAAACAAAUGAAAACAUUUCAACCACAUCAUCGUUGCUGUUCAACACUGGUACAAACCAUUGAUGCUCCAUUGCCUCUCGUGUGGUCAAUAUUACGUCGUUUUGACAAUCCACAAGCAUAUAAACAGUUUGUGAAGACGUGUGAUCUAAGCUCCGGCGACGGAGGAGAAGGCUCCGUCCGUGAUGUAACGGUGGUUUCGGGUCUUCCGGCGGCUUACAGCGUCGAGAGGUUAGAUGAGCUUGACGAUGAGUCUCAUGUGAUGGUGAUUAGCAUUAUUGGCGGUGACCACCGUCUCAUUAAUUAUCGGUCAAAAACGACAGCGUUUGUGGCGGCGGCGGAGGAGGAGAAGACGGUGGUGGUUGAGAGUUAUGUAGUGGAUGUGCCGGAAGGAAACAGUGAGGAAGAAACGAUGUCGUUUGCUAAUACAAUCGUUGGGUUUAAUCUUAAGUCAUUGGCUAAGCUCUCGGAGAAAAUGAUGGCUAACAAAAAGUUGUAA